AUGCUUGAUUUCAUUAUUGAAUCACUUCCACCAACAACAAUUGAAAAGUACAGGAGUCUGUGUACAUUCGGGAUACAACUUUUCAAGAAGUUUAAUGAAGCUCAAAUUGUGGAUGUUUUAGGAGCAGCAGAUGAAUUAUGCCUUAGUGUUUUAGUUGAAGUGUUACAAGAAGAAUUAUUAGAUAGAAAGCAUAUAUGGAUGAACAAACAAUCUGUAUUAAUUUAUAACGCUGGGCAGAAAUAUCCGACAUGCACAAAGCUUGCCGAAACAAUGGAAGAAGCCCUUUAUCAAGAACCAGAAUUAUUAUUAAAAUCAGAUGAUUUCGCAUCAUUAGAAGACGAUACAGUUAUAUGGCUGUUAAAAAGAGACGAUCUCGGUAUGGGAGAAUUGGAACUUUGGAAACGCAUCGUACAAUGGGGAAUAGGUCAAUUGCCAACCAAAACGGUAAUACCAGAUGUUGCAAGGUGGCCCGAUGAAGAUUGUGUGGAAUUAGAGAAAGUUUUACGUCCUUUGAUCCCAUUUAUUAGAUGGUGUAAUAUGUCUCCCGUUGAUUUUGAAAGACAAGUUCAUUCUUAUAAAAGAGUUUUACCCGCAACUUUACACAAGCCUGGUAUUAAAGGAAAAUCAUUAUAUCUUAUAACUGAACAAAAUACUCAUCAUCAUGCAAGAAUUCAAUCUGUUCUUAUUAAGCCUCGUCAUGCGGCAAAAAUCGCAAGUUGGAUUGAUAGAUUGGAUUCCCCAGAUAAUCAAACCCCAUUUUACACACCAUCAAAUAUACCAUAUUAUUUUAAACUCGUUGCACGUGGAAGUCGUGAUCAACCGUUCCUCCAACAAACUUUAACGGAUAAUCGGGCCGUUGUAUUAAUUAAACCUGCCAAUUCCAAUGAAAUACUUGGUGGUUAUAAUCCUUUAACUUGGAGUAAAAAAUCUAUUUCUUCAAAUUCAAAUAAAGAUCAGCAAAAUGAUAUUCCUCUUAAAAAUAGUUUUAUUUUUAAUUUGAGGAAAGAUCCUGAUGAUAAAGAAGAUAUUUUAAGUAGAGUCAUUAAUCCAAUAGAUUCGAUUUAUUGUAAUGUUUAUUGUUCCCCUGUAUUUGGUAAGGGUGAUUUAUUCCCCAAAGGUCAUUUUGAAAUUGGUCAGCCUUGUGGUUGUAAACAAACUAGCUAUGAAAAACCUUUACGUGCGAAUACCGACCAAUUUCCUAUUGAAGAAUUUGAAGUUUUUCAGAUUAUUAAAAAGACAGUGCUUUGA